AUGCUCGAUGUCCAUCGUCCAGACUCGCCAUCACCAAGUGUUACGCCUUCCUUGGCACUCGAUGCGGUUCCAUCGCUGGACCGCUCAGUCUCAACGCCUUCAAGCUCAACAACAUCAAACUCUUCGAUCCGGUCACGACAGUCGCGGCUCUCAGAUGGUGCCACCUCAUUUGUCAGGAGAAGAGGAUAUGUGCGACCGCAGGGCACCACGUUCGCGGACUCCGCUCGCAACAGAGAUAGCGUGAUGAGCCUAGGAUCUAUUGCGCACAUGCAGUACUACUUUGCUCGAACAGGGUUGCUUGAUGGCAAAGGAGCUCAGCUCGCCAAGGAUACGGAGCGCAAGCGGAGCAUUAGCAACAAGGAGAAUCUGGAGCCAGCUGUACUAUGUGUAAAUGAGCUCGGUGCUUCCUCGCCGUCGAUGUACGAUAGCACAUCUAGCUGUGCCCCACAAAUGCUCCCGCCUACGGUAAGCACCUACAAGGUCAGGCCUUCCUACUCCGAGCCUUUGCCAGACCUUCCCGUACUGAGGCGAGAGCUCAAGGAGGCGCUUCAGGACGCCUGCAAAGUCAUUGAGGAGUCGCAGAAGCAGCAAACCGGAGACGAGACCGACGGCUUCCACGAAAUCCAAGGUCUGCAUAUCCUCGACAUCAUCACAUUGGCGAUACGGGCUGCGAAGAAUUACUACACGUCCCACGAGCAUCCGACUAAGCUGUACGCAAUUAGAUCCGAAAGACAAAUUCGGGCAGACUUGUAUGCGAUCCUGGAGAUCUUGAAGCGCAUGGCAAGCCGCAACUUCCGCGGCGGAAUGCGACUAGACGAGCUGACUGGCAUUAUCGUUUGGAUAGAGAGCAUUGACAAGCUUCUCAAGAGAGAAGAGCAACAAGAGCAAGCGGAAGCCGCAGAGAGGGAGCUGUGGUCUUGGCAGCAAGAUGGUGGUUGGACGGGACGCCAGCGACAGCGAGAGUGGCUUUUCUUGAGGUCCUUCGAUGAGGAAAACCCCUCCUUGCCGCAAUGGCCCGAGUUCAGCGAAACCGAAACGUUGCCGAAUGACUUCUUGCGCGCUCUCGCUGACGGCCAGCGGCUGGUCAAGCUACAUAACACGCUAGUGAAAAGGUCGAAGCAGCAUUUCGAUCUGAUCAAAACGUGGCAUAACGACGUCAGCAAACCGUACAGAAGGGCGGAGAACUUGCGAUACUGGAUCAAAGCCUCAGAGCUGCGCUGGGAGAUCAAAUUGGAUGUACCGGUCUCCCAUAUUGCCAACGACAAGCCUGACGAUACGGCGUGGCGAAAUUUCGAGGACGCUAUUCUUCGCUGGUGUUCAGGUGUCAGGGAACAUCUGAUCGAAGAAUGGCGACAAGAGACACGUCCUAGAAAGAAAGAGCCUCCGAUGCUGAGGAUUGAAGUGCCUGACAAUGGCCGGGAAGCAUUGCCUGAUGCAUUACCUUAG